AUGGCAUUCUCCGUGCUGAUGUCCCAUGAUCAAGGCUUUACUGAUAUCCCCAAUUCACUGCUAACAACGUUUGUCAUGAUGACUGGUGAAGUUGAUUUUCGAGAUACUUUCUUGGAAUACACUGCGAGUGCUGGUUUUCAUUUCCUACAAAGAUUGACGCUGGUUGUGUUCUUGAUCUUGGUUACCAUCGGUUUAACAAACUUAUUGACUGGUUUGGCUGUUGGCGACACUGCUGAGAUUAUGAAACGAUCGAGAGAGGAAAAUCUGCUGCGUAAG